AUGCACAAGCUGCAGCAGCAAAGUGGACAUAUCUUCGACGUGGUGAGCCUUCCCGAAGAAAUGGUCCUGGCUGUUCUGGGGCAUGACCGGUACUUUCCAGUUAGGCACGGUCUACCUCAGUCCUCCACCUCGUCUGGCAUCCACGGAGAAAGGAAAGGGCCCUCCUUGACCCCCGUCUCUGCGGACGCCACCGAUAAACCGAUGGCGGCUAGCUGUGAUGAUGAGUGCGUGUCGGGGAUGGGAGACAUCCGACUGAGCGAGGACGAGAAGCUACCGUCUACUGAUGGCGGAUUCCCCCUCUCUCGCUAUUCUUGGGCGCUCGGCGUGCGCGCGGCCGUGACGCACUUCCGGCCCGUGGCGCACGUGGCGUGGCACGCGCGCGGCGACUACUUGGCCGUGACGCUGCGGGACGCGGCCGCGCGCGCCGUCGUCGUGCACCAGCUGUCGCGGCGCCGCUCGCAGCUGCCCUUCGGCCGCUGCAAGGGGCUCGUGCAGUGCGCCGUCUUCCACCCGCUGCGGCCGCUGCUCUUCGUGGCCACGCAGCGCGUCGUGCGCGUGUACGACCUGGUCAAGCAGGAGCUGGUGCGGAAGCUGGAGCCGGGCGCGCAGUGGAUCAGUGCGUUGGCCGUGCACCCCGCGGGCGACAACUUACUGGUGGCGUCUUACGACCGCAAGGUGAUGUGGUUCGACCUGGAGCUGUCGGCGCGGCCCUACCAGACGCUGCGGCUGCACGGCGGCGCCGUGCGCUCCGUGGCCUUCCACCGGCGGUACCCGCUGUUCGCCACGGCCGGCGACGACCCCUACAUCGUCGUCUCGCACGGCAUGGUUUACAACGACCUGCUGCAGAACCCGUUGCUGGUGCCGCUGAAGCAGCUGGCCGGACCUUCGCGCGUCGCGGAGCUGUGCGUCACCGAGCUGCGCUUCCACCCCACGCAGCCGUGGCUGCUGGCCGCCGGCGCCGACCACUCGCUGCGCCUCUACUCCUGAUCUUACGAUACACGACUACCCCGGUUGAUAUUUCUUUUGUUCUCAUUCCACCUAUUGAGAGAAUAAACAAUAUGUUUUGGCAAUAUCGUUUUACU